CAACGUCUACAACACGGGGGUCGGCAGACGCAAGGCGGCUAUCAUGUGAGGAACAGGUCGCUGAAAGAGAACCGCGGCGCUGACGGUAAUGUGUUAACCGGUCUCGGAGGAUAAUUUGCGACUCCCUUCGCCGACAUAUUGAGCCUAACGCCGGACGGCUCCUGCGGGACUGCUGUCACUUCACCGGCUGUCGGUCUUAAAUGGACUCUGCGGAGCGAGGAGCUGACAGACGCGCUUCCCUCUGAGCGCUAAACAUGGCAGCACACUCAUGCUAGGAGUCUAGUGCUGACGGUGUGGAAGGAGAGAAGACGAGGAGGAAGAAGAAGCACAACGUGGAAGAAGAGAACCAGUCUUAGAGGGGAUUGGACACUGGUUUACCAUCAGAGCAGAUGGGCGAGACUGAAGAUGAGCGUACGGCUCAGGCCAGCCAGCUCUUUGAGAACUUUGUCCAGGCGUCCACCUGUAAAGGAACCCUGCAGGCUUUCAGCAUCCUCUGCAGGCAGCUGGAGCUGGAUCCUCUGGACUACACAAACUUCUACAACUCACUGAAGGCUGCGAUCAGCACCUGGAAGGUCAAGGCCCUGUGGACCAAACUGGAUAAAAGGGCCCAGCACAAAGUCUACAACCAGAAUAAGGCAUGCCAAGGCACCAGGUGUCUGAUCAUCGGCGGGGGUCCCUGCGGUCUGCGGACGGCCAUCGAGCUGACCCUGCUGGGCUGCAAGGUGGUGGUAAUCGAGAAGAGGGACACCUUCUCCAGGAACAACGUACUCCACCUCUGGCCCUUCACCAUCCACGACCUCCGGGGCCUCGGGGCUAAGAAGUUCUACGGAAAGUUCUGCGCUGGCGCCAUUGACCACAUCAGUAUCCGCCAGCUCCAGCUGAUGCUGCUGAAAGUGAGCCUGCUGGUGGGAGUGGAGAUUCACGUAAACACAGAGUUUAUCAAACUUCUGGAGCCCCCAGAGGAGCAGACCGGUGACAGUCCUGGGUGGCGAGCAGAGGUUCGACCCUCCAACCAUCCCGUCUCAGAGUUCGACUUUGACGUGGUGAUAGGAGCUGACGGACGCAAAAACACUUUGGACGGUUUCGGCCGCAAAGAGUUUCGAGGGAAGUUGGCCAUUGCGAUAACGGCCAACUUCGUCAACAGGAACACCACAGCGGAGGCCAAAGUGGAGGAAAUCAGCGGCGUGGCCUUCAUCUUUAACCAGAAGUUCUUUCUGGAACUCAAGGAGGAGACGGGAAUUGACUUGGAGAACAUCGUUUACUACAAAGACAACACCCACUACUUUGUCAUGACGGCGAAAAAGCAGAGCCUGCUGGAGAAAGGGGUCAUCAUAAAUGACUACAUAGAAACAGAACGACUGCUGAGUAUAGACAACGUCAACCAAGAAGCGCUGCUCUCCUACGCCCGUGAGGCAGCCGACUUCGGUACAAACUACCAGCUGCCUUCCCUGGACUACGCCAUAAACCACUACGGGCAGCCGGACGUAGCCAUGUUCGACUUCACCUCAAUGUACGCUUCAGAGAACGCUGCUCUGAUAAGGGAGAAACACGGACACCAGCUGCUGGUCGCGCUGGUGGGAGACAGUCUGCUGGAGCCCUUCUGGCCGAUGGGUACAGGCUGUGCUCGGGGUUUCCUGGCUGCAUUCGACACCGCUUGGAUGGUGAGGGGCUGGGCACAAGGAAGGACUCCCCUGGAGAUACUGGCCGAGAGGGAGAGCAUCUACCGUCUCCUGCCUCAGACCACCACCGAGAACAUCAGUAAAAACUUUGACCUGUACACCAUUGACCCGGCUACCCGCUACCCCAACCUAAACUCCAGCUGUGUGCGCCCACAUCAGGUGCGUCAUCUGUUCAUUGGUGGCCAGCAGGACUUGGGUCUCGUGGAAAGAGAAGGACCGACGCGUAGAUCGGUCAACCUGUCCCGGAGAGAGUCCGAGGUUCGUCCCAGCCGGCUGCUGACCUGGUGCCAGAACCAGACCCACGGGUACAGAGGAGUCAGCAUCACAAACCUCACAUCCUCCUGGAGGAACGGCCUGGCCCUGUGCGCCCUCAUUCACCGGCAGAGGCCCGAGCUCAUUGACUAUGACUCCCUGAACGAGGAGGACGUGGCCGGGAACAACCAGCUGGCGUUCGACGUGGCUGAGCGGGAGUUCGGCAUCCAGCCGGUGACGACGGGGAAGGAGAUGGCUGCGGAAGCUGAACCCGACAAGCUGCUGAUGGUCCUCUACCUCUCCAGAUUCUACGAGGCCUUCAGGAACACGCCGCGAAACAAUAACGUUUCCAAAGAAGCCGAUGAAAACGGCGACGAAAAGAUGAACGACAAGCAGCAGAACCCACCUCAGCCCAGGAAGAGGAUACCCAGGGAUGACAAGAAACUGGAAGACGACUCGAUCAACAAGAGGCGGCGAAAGGGCAAUCACUACCUCACUGAGUUGUCCUGCCACAGCGCGCCCCCUGCUGGAGAAGAUGGGGAGCUGCGUGAGAACAAGGUCCGCUCCAUGGCGACUCAGCUGCUGGCCAAAUUUGAGGAGAACUCCUCGACCGCAAAGAUACGCACAAAGUUUGAUGAGGACACAUCCGAUCUAUCCUUUUCUCCUUCUCUAUCUCCUUCCACCACCCCUCUCCUUCCUUAUUCAGAUGAGGAAGAUGAGGAAGAAGAAGAGGAGGAGGAGGAGGAGAACGAAAACCCUCGUUUUGCGAAGCCCAAAGACCCCCCCUCUCCUCUUCCUCUGCCUCCCCCUCGCCCUAAGUGGCAGCCGUCCAUCUACCUUCGCCUCCUGGAGAAUCCUGACUCUGUGGCUCAGCAGACCACUUUCUUCUUCCCUCCUAAACGCUCUCCCUCUCCGAGCGACUUCGGCCCGAUAAGCCCUCCCCGCUCACCGAGCCCCAACGCUACCAAACAUUACCCAGAACACACCUCUCCCGACCUGGACGCCGGUCAUUUCUCUGCCUCGGGGGUCGAUCAGUCCUCUCAGAGUAAAGGCCAGAGACUGUCUGCUAGGGAGUUUUCCAGGAGGAGUAUCAAGGAGAGAGCGGUCCUCCUCUCCACCAUGUUCCCUGGGUCCUACAAACCAUCUGCUCCUCGUUCUCUGUCACAGGUGGACUUAUCUACCUCCUCCUCUCCUCCUUCCUCCCCCCCUUCUUCCUCACCACCACCUACUCCUCCUCCUCCGUCUGUAUCUGCCACCGUCUACCCUGUGGUCCAUCCUGUCCCUGACCCCGCUGCCCAGGCCGGUUUCUCCUCUGUCCGACUCUGCACUACUCCUGGACUCAAGGACAGGCCUCACUCCUUCACUCCUUCGUCUUACUCUGUCAAACCAGAGCUAACCUCCACCCUUCACUCUGAUUCCUCCACAUCUGACCCCCAAACAUCUGCUCGUCCUUCCGCAUCGGAGGUGUCUCCUCCGCUCCCUGACCACGACCAUGAACACGAACACUGUAGCUCAGAAGAAAGUUUACAGAAUAAUGUGGGAAAGGAGCAGGAGGACCUGCAUGAGGCUUCUUGGGGCACAUGUGACGAUAGAAAAUUAGAAAAUGAUCACGCCAAGUGCACAGGGAGCCGUGAUCUUAAGAAUCCCAGAAGAGUCGCUCGCUCUGAGAGCUGUCCGACCGGAGUCCCUAGUUACGUUAAAGAGCGUACAGUCGGAAAAGUAUCAUCAACCAUAGGCGCUAAAGCUCAGAAACUGGCCAUCCUCUAUGAGACUGACCACCGGCCCAAUGCCGCGCCGUGUGUGCCACGGAAAGAGUUUGCCCCCGGCUUCGGCGGCAGCGACACCUGCCACUUCUGCACCAAGCGGGUGUACGUGAUGGAGAGGCUCAGCGCCGAGGGCUACUUCUUCCACCGAGAGUGCUUCCGCUGUGACGUCUGCAACUGCACCCUCCGCCUGGGAGGACACACCUUUGAUUCCCAGGAAGCAAAGUUCUACUGCAGGAUCCAUUAUGCUCAGCGCCUAUCCAGCUCUCACCAGGGCAGGUUCAGAAGGAGAACGGAAGACCAAAGCCACGUGGCGGCCUCGACAACGGACGGCGGGAGCUACUCCGCCCCCGGCGGCGUCCAGAUUCAACCCGCAGGUGAGGCGUCCAGUUUGCACUCAGAGCAGCUCGAUAAAGUCUCAGAGGAUGCAGAUGAAAUUUCAGAGAUGGCCGUGGACGCGCUCCAUGCUUCCUGUGUCGUCAGCCAAGAUGGCGCCGGGGCCCCGGGUCAAAGCCAGGACGGUGUUAAAGAUCACUGCAACAACAAACAAGGCAGUCGCUGGAAACGGAAGAUCAGAGCGACCUUCCCUCUGAUCUUCGUCAAACACUUUCAGAGAAGCUUGCCGCUGGACAAAGGAGGACCGGAGACCGUCCCCGAGGCCGACUCUGACUUCGAGGAGAUCACGUCAUCUGAAAAAACAACCAACUCUGACUGCAGCUCCAAAACGUCAGCCGAUACCUCGAAUCCUCUAGAGGGAGACGAAGUAAAGACCGUCUGCAGCUCGUCCACCCCAAAGAAGCGCCUGCUGUUAUCCAUCUCUGAGAAAGAGAAGCUUCUGAACUGGGACAUAGAGGUCAAACCAGAGGAACCUCCCGUUAAAACAGUCACCAACAACACUCAAAAAGACCAGGUACAAGCAGAGGCAGAUGCAGAUAAGCCUCAGACGAACGGAGAAGCCUCCCAGAGCCAAACCCCCGCUUCGUCGCCAUCAGCCUUCCAGGUCAUAGCCAACGCCAUAAGGAGGACAUUCAGUGUGACCAAUCACUCCAGCCGCUCCAACACUGCAGUCAUAAUACGACCCAAGCACAACGGCCACCGCAAACAGAGGCCCAUGUCCGAGGGAGCGUUCAACUUCAGCUCGCUCUUCAGCUCCGCUAAUCAGGAGUCAUCCAUAGAGGAGAAGAAGGCCGGCGUACAUUCGUCUCACUGGGCCUCGAUGGGGUCGGAUCCGUGGGGCUCGGGGCGGGACCUGCCCUCCCUGUUGCAGCAGGUGUCCCUAAAGGGUCGGAGAGACUCUGGAGGGGUGUUCUCCGACGACAUGGGCUCACUCCCGCGCCGAAGGGUUGACCUGUUCUCCUCGCUGAGGCUUAGGAAGAGAGAGCUGUCAGAGAGCGAGAGGAAGGACCAGGAGGCUCAAAAGGAAAUCAGGACCAUACUCUCCAACCUCAGAAACAAAGCCUCCAGUCAACAGAAUCUGGAAUCUUCAAGUGACGACGAAAAUGAAAACCCGGCUUCCAAUCAGAAGCUGUGUUUAGAGAAACAGAGGAAGAAGCAGGAAAAGACAGUGGCCCAGCAGGCCAAACGAGAGCAGCUCAAAAGGCUUCACAGAGCUCAGGUGAUCCAGAGACAACUGGAGGAAGUCGGAGAGAAGCAAAGGGAUUUGGAGGAGAAAGGAGUGGCGAUAGAAAAGAUCAUAAGAGGGGAAGCAGAUGCGGACGACAGCGACGAGGCCCAGCUCUACCAGUCGUGGUUUAAACUCGUUCUGGAGAAGAACCGAUUGGCGCGAUACGAGUCCGAACUCAUGAUCUUUGCCCAAGAGCUUGAACUGGAGGACACACAGAGUCGGCUGCAGCAAGAUCUACGAUGCAGAAUGGCAGAAGAGGAUACAAAGAAGAGUGCCUCCGAGCUGCAGGAGGAGCAGGAGAUCCUGUCUGAAAUCAUGAGGACAGUUGAGAAGCGAGACAUGCUGGUGUCUGUGCUGGAAGAGCAGAGGCUGAAGGAGAGGGCCGAGGACAAGGACCUCGAGAGCCUGGUGUUGUCCAAAGGCUACGAGUUUCACUGGGCCCACGUGGAUGACAGCUGGGGCCAGGAGAAGCUGGACUGAGUGCAGGAUGGAUAGAAAAAAAAAGUACACGUUUUUACCGCAGUCGUUUGCUUUCCUCUUGUGAUGAUUCAAAUCUAGAAAACGUGGACAGGAUGGGAAUGUCUUUUAACCACCCUGAAGAAGAGGACAAGGCUUUAUAUAGACUCACUUUGAGCUUGUAUGUUGAGUUCGGAGUCAGAGGAAUGGAAAUGGAGCCCUAGCUAAUGACUUCCUUUGCAGCCAUGAAGGCUAAUCACAUCUCUGCCAUUAAAGUCAUUUAACCUCCACACUCAGAGGUCUAAUCUGUCACGGCCCUGGCUGACAUUGACCUGCAGCUGGAUGUAAGAUCUACUUAACCACUUCUAAUAAUGUGACAUUUUUGCACAUCUCAUAAACGAAACUGACUGCCUACUGAUUUUUUUUGAGUUGUUCGUAAUAACACUGACUGACUUCACUGGAUAGCACAUGGAGUUUUUGCACAGCGUGAAAUGUUUAAAAUUUGUGUAAUUUCAUCCAGAAAUGUGCUUCAUGUAAUGCACUGUUAGUCACUUUGUGUGCAGCUAUGUGUGUGUGUGUGACUGCUUGUUCGUAUUUUGUGUUGUUUCACUUCAAAAUGAAAUUCAGCUGUAUGUACACUCAGACACUAAAAGAGCCCCAAGACAAGUGGCUGGAAAUCUCAGGGUAGAAAACUGCUGCUGCACAAGCUGCACAGGAGGCCACCUUCCCAAUUAGUGAGGUAUACCACCUGCCGUGUGUGUCACUGGUUUGGGGAUGUGACCAUGUGUGUGACCUGGAAGUCUAAGUGUGCUACCCUUUGGUCAACUACUGCCAGUUUGGAUUGAUCAGUUUUGAUCAUUUUAAACCCACUGUAAAGGGGCUGUGAGUCAGAACACCAAGUAUAUCUUCCCUUUGAGGUGAUAAAUAAUGUGUUUACAUGGGUUUUAAUCCCAGGACAAGUCACCACACUAUCAUUUUUUCCACUCCCUCGGCUUUAUAUGUUAUGUUUGUGCAUUGUUUGUGGAUUAACAAAUAUUAAGUUAUGUUUCCAUGGUUAAAAAAACAACUGUAACCUGUUUCUGUAUGUUUUGGUUUUAUGCUGCUUCGAGUAUUUAAAUGGAAAAGAAUCUUAAAUAAAAAUUAAUUUGAGUUUUUGCAUAGA